UGAAAAUACAACCAAUCAGAGUUACUGUAACAUUUCAGGUCAACUGGAUCAAAACAUGGACAGACAUGGCUGAAAUGAGUACGAUAGUGGAAGGAAACGUUAAAUAUAGGGACGGAAAAAAGUGGAAACCAAGAUGGUGCGUUAUGAAAAAACCGUCGCCAGUUGCGGAUCGCCUGAUUGUCCAUCUAUUCAAGGACGUGAAAGAGUCAGUAAAGGGAGGCAAUCCAAAGACAACAUUUCCAUUGGAUGGUUUCUAUGGUCUAGAGUCUGGAAUCUGUUACGACAAGGAGACUAGUGUUCUAGCCAUUAUUUGUCAGAAGCUGAUUACUUUACUGGCGUUUGAUUCCAGAGAGACUCUAAUACAAUUUGAGAUCAAAAUUAGGAGAAGCCUCGGAGAAGAGCAUCAGUUCCCAGUGAGAACCAUCAAAGUGCCGAGUCACAGCAAGCUGCCUCUAGAUCUACUGCGUAUGCACAUACAUGGUCAGAAAUUUUGUCUGACAGGUCAUAUUCCACCAAAAAUACUGUGUUCAUGGCAGGUUUCAGAACUUAGAAGAUUUGGAACUAUAGACGGGAAAUUCUGCUUUGAAGGUGGCUCUAGAUGUGGCAAAGGUCAGGGAUCACAUGUGUUACAAACAGAUCAGGUUGAAGAGAUCUCAGAGAUAAUAUCCCAUGCUAGUGUAGGCAAGUCUGCACCACUUAUCAAGAGACAAACAGGAAAAAGAAGGAGUGAAUUCCUUGACCCAGUCAAAAACAUAGUCAGUGACAACGUGUUCAAGAAAUUCCAUAACACCCAAGUGUUUGCAGACCAGAACUACCAGGAGGACAAUUCUUGGCCACGCUACAAACGUCAUUCAAUUAGCUUCACAGAUUAUAGACGUGCCAAAAACUAUACAGAAAAACAGCGUCUGCAGAGUAUAGAAAAUGUAGAAAAAGAACGUCUGAUGGCCAUUUAUGAUGUCCCACCAAGAAGAAUAAGGAAAGUUGAACACACAUCAAGUAAUGGUGAUAGCACAUCUGCUGUUAGGAGUUACGAUGUGAAUUUUAAUGCUUUACGAAAUUUAAAUACUCAGAAUUCUCAAGGUCAUGAGAACUAUCUUAAUUGGACAGGGGAGUUCAAUAACAAUGUGAUGUCAUACCAGGUUCCCACGACAACCACUGUUACUAACCAAUCAGAAACCACUACAACAGCUAGUAAUUUAUCUGACACAACCUCGUCUCACGGAAGUGUUCAGUCUCUACAAAGCAUCAGCUCAUCACAAGGCACGGUUCACAUGUCAUCAAGUGCCCCUGUUCUAUGUGGUUUUGGAAACCAGUCAUUUAACAGUCAUUAUAAACAACAAAGUCAGUCAGUACCCAAUCAGAUUGCAGGAGACGGCAGUCACAUGACUGAUGAAAAAAGGGACGAGGUAAUGAGAAGAUUAAACCAAACUGAACAAGAUUUAGAGAAAGAGAUGUCACUUCUUGAUGAAAUGUUGAAGAUAUGCCAAAGAUCUGAAGUUGAUUGUGAGGAUGGUAAAGGGAACCAGAAACCACCACCACUUCCGGUUAAGUUGUCACAGCUACGUAGCUUCAUAGAGGGACAGAAUGCUCGAGGAUCCUUGGACAACCUAAGUAUCUCAUCUGAUAACACCCACUGCCGACCAUCACCACAUUCAGGUUACUCACAGAGCAUUCUGCUUAGUCCCAAUCUUGUUAAUAAACUUAAGAAGAUCCCAAGAAAGUCAAAAAUGAGCGCACCACUUCCUUAUGUUAAUUUAUCAAAGUACGAUGGUGCUGAUUAUGAUACAAAUCAUGUUCAUAUACGAGCUGGCUCAACCUCUGCACCAGAUGGGGGUAACUCUUGGAGUGACAUUCAGAAGGCAAGGUCAAAAGGUUAUGAUAAUGUAAGAUGUGAAAGGGACUCGAAUAAGGAGAAUAACAGAAUAUCAGUAUCACUGCCAGGAAGUAGUGAAAAUCUACGAGGGAUGUGUGGAUCAGAUUUACAAGUAAACAGAAGAGUCCGUAAUCAUAGCUUUUCAAAUGAACCGAUUUAUGCAAAUGAGCGAUGUGAAACUCCUCCUCCAGAACUGCCUCCAAAGGGACCAAUGUUGAAGAGUAAGCAGAGAUUGAGUGCAGCUUCACGCCCACCUGCACCACCCAGACCACCAGACAGGCAACCAUCAUGGCAUCAGCGUCAAAACAAACAAAAAUCUCAGUAUCAGAGUCCCAAACCAACAUCUGUCUCAUUGAAUUCUAGUCAACAAGAGGAUUAUUUCCUGAUGGGAAAUUUUGAGAGAGAGCCCACACACUGUAGAAUUGACUAUUCAGAAUCUCAAAGGUUAAAUGAAUCUUUAAGUGGCCGCUCUGUAGUGAAUUUGCCACCAAGGGACCAAAACUCUACAAAAAUGGACCCAAAUAUGUGUUACAUGGAUAUGACAGGGUUAAAUGACCUUGAAAGGUCAAGGUCAGUGGAUUGUGACCUUUCACCAAGACCAAAGUAUGUGAGGUCAUAUAGUGCUUCAGGAGUGGUAGGCCCUUCAGUUGAUUCUCAAAAGGCCUUGCCAAGACCAGAGACAAUAAGUGCUGGAAACUCUCCUAAAGAACCUCGACGAGAGAUUCCUAUAAGAGAGGAGAAUUACAUGCUUAUGACCACUGUGAGUCCUAAAAGGCCAGUAAUAGAUAAUCUUAGAUCAUUAUCAGAAUAUGUGAAUAGUUCUAAAAUAAACUCUAGUUUGUCAGAGAAUUCUGUAAUUGAUUGUGCAAGUGUUCAAAGAAAUAUCUCAUUUGGUGCUGAUGAUUUUAAUGAUAGUGUUAGACAAGGUGAUACAGGUAAUCUAGAAAAUGUGAGUAAUGAUAAACCUGUAGGUAUAGAAAUGCCUUUUGACAACUUGAUAGAAUUCACGCUACCUCCAGAAAAUGUUAAAGAUUUAAAAACUGUGCAGUUGAAUGUAACAACAGAGAAAAAUGACAAUUCAAGCACAAAAACUCCAGGGUUCUUCUCUAGAUUAAUGAGACGUAAUUCCAAAGAUAGGAAAUGUGUUUCUCAGAGUCAUGAAAAUCUAUUGUCAACAGUCUCUAGUGAACCAACAAUUAAGGAGGAUGCAGUGAUGGUAGCGUUGACCGAUUCUUCGAGCUCGGAAGAAAGCAGUCGAGCCCAGAGCCAGCAAGAUCUUGUGUUUGGACCCACAGACAGGAAUCGGUCAUCUAGCUUUCCAAAUCGCUCCAGCUAUAUCGCAAUGAAUGAAAGUAACUCAAGCUCUUCUACUGGGAUAUCAAUACUAUCUCAGCAGUCAGAUCUUGGGGCGACAAAUUCUUCACUAAAUAGCUGUGGCACAGUGUCUACAAGAGCAAGUAGCAAUGAGGGACAACUUAACGAAAGUAUGAACACUAGUGAAAAUGUAUUAAGUGAUUCUGAAAAGGAGGUAGCUAAAGGGAAUUAUGAUGAGCAUUCAUACUUCUAUAUGGGUCCACUACAAAAUAAAACAAAUGGUGCAGAAACAGAUAAGGAGAAAAUGGGGAACAGUGAAUGUUGUGAUGUAAAUGACAGUGAUGAUAAAGAGACAAGUGAAACAAGUGUUGAGAAAUGUUCUGAUGACCAAGCUGUUGGUAAAGUGUUUACAGUGCUUAAUGUACAAGGUGGUAAUUUUGAUAAUAAUGCAUGUAAAACAGAUGAUGAAAAACUCAUUGACUUGUGGCAUUCAACUCAUUCUUUAAGUCCUGAGAAGAGCGACAAAAUCUCAGAUCUGAAGUCAAAAUUAACUCUUCCAUUAGAGGAACUUUCCCCAGAUGAGAAAGCAAAUGCAAUUGCCCGCCAUAUUUCUUCACUGCCACCCUUCGUUCCUCCAAAAAUGAAAACCUACCCAACAAAGUUAUCUCCGGUGCUAGAAAGAACAACGCCAAAGAAGGAAAGACCAGAGCCAUUGGAUUUAUACAGUUCUGGUAAUGUAGAAUCUCCGGUAUUGAGUCCAAGUCUGAUGAAGCAGCAGGCUAAGGCAACAUUACGAAUAACCCCGCCUUCAGAAGAUGAGAACGGGAAAAUCUGGAUUCCAAGAACUGCACAAGAUGUUGAAGAGAUUGUAGAGCAGCCUGCUGAGACUAAAAGUUCCACUCUGGUUGUAGAUAUCAGUGAUGUCGGAGAAGGUGACAGCAUUUCUCUCUCCUCUUUGGAUAGUUAUUGCCAUUGUGAGGAAGUUGUACGGAGUAGUCCUGCCUCCACCAUACUACGUCCAAGGUCUGGUAAGGAAUACCAGAAAAUUGAGCGUCGUAGAACGAUUGAUGAAAGUAGUACAAGUCCUCUAACAACUCCUCAGUCCCCUGCCACAGGCUCAGUGUUUACAUUUGACAAUUUUGGGACUGCAUCGUUAAGCAGCGGGGUCAGUGGUCAAGGAGAUCCUCAAUCUCCUAAAGUGUUUAAACUAUCACACUCGGAACAGGUGAGCCUGUGUACAGCUAGUCUGAGAAGUGAAUGUCUGCAAUCACCAAGGGCUUUAUAUAUGAAUAUAGAUUUUACAGAAAGCUCUCCUCCAGAAUCUCCAUUACUGCCAUCAAGUUCUGGCUCUCAGUUUGACCAGAUGGAAUCAUCGUUAAACUAUGCAGAGAUUGAUCUGAGUGAGUCAGGGAAGAAUGAUAAUGCUUCACAGCUAAGGAAGUUAAAUUAUGCCGAGAUGGACUUGACUACUACAUCAGAUAGUCCAAGAUUUGCGAGUGUACGGCAGACAAAAAAAGGUAAAAAGACUCCCGAACCUGUUCCUAUUGAAUACUCAAUGAUUGAUAUGGUUGCUACAAGGGCAGCUCAGAAGGCAAGAAAAGAACAUGCUAUAAGCAGAGAUGGUAGUUUAAGGCGUGACAGAUUUCAGUCGGUACCUUCAUUUAGUGCAAAAGAAAGGCUUGGCUCUCUGAAAUCGUUUGAUCGUAAACAAAGUUCGGCAAGUGCUGCAGCUCAGAGUACAAGCUCUGUUGAUUCUACAAACAUUUAAAAUGUAGCUGUUUUAUACUGGUAUGUGAAAUGUGCUAUUUCGUUGUAACAAUUAACUUAUUUCUUGCGAUAAAUAUUUUUUUGUAUAUUUUAUAUUUGGGUUAAACAUUUGUUGAUCAAAGCUUUUUUUUUUUUUUUUUUUUUGGUGGCUUGUAAAGGUUAAUGAUUUUUUAUCUUCGAUGAAGAUUUUAUUUACUUUACAGUGAGUUGUAACAGGAUUCAAAUCAUUAUGUCAUCUAAAAUAUAUUCCAAACUACAUGUAUUUUUGCAAUGGCUUUAUUGACGUGUAUGGGGGAAAACAUUACCUACGGGCCUAUCCAUUCAUGUUUCUCUUUUUAAUGAACUUAGCUUUAAAAAUAUUUUUUCUUAUAUACAUGCUUUACAAUUGUGACAUUUAUAUAUCAGUUUGGUUGUGAGACUAUGUGAAAGAGUAGUUUAACCUUUACGAGAUAUAGUUGUGAGUUAUGUCUUUCUUUCAUACUUAUACGUGUUUUUUUUUUUUUUUUUUUUUUUCACACAUUCAAUUUUCAGAGAAGUUUAUAUUAUGUUCAUACAGUACCUAGUUCCAACAUUUUUCACAUGUUUUUCUGGAUUUAAUAAAAAAGUAUAAAAACGUGUACAGGGUAAUGUCCCUGUUUUGAGAUUUUGUAAGAAGAUACCAAGGAUUGUUUUCUGCUUGUCAAGACAUUUUUCUGCAUUGAAUAGAGAAUAUAAGUAAUAAUUCAUGUACAUGUACUUUAAUCAGAAUUAUGUAGUAAUAAACACUGAAUUGGCUGAUAAAAUGUGGUAAAAUUUACUUAUACUGCUAAAAUAUGGUAAAAUUUACUGUAUGCUGGUAAAAUGUGGUAAUGUUCACUUCAUGCUAGUAAAAUAUUGUAAAAUUUACUGUAUGCUGGUAAAAUGUGGUAAUGUUCACUUCAUGCUAGUAAAAUAUUGUAAAAUUUACUUUAUGCUAGUAAAAUGUCAUAAAUUUUACUUUAUGCUGGGCAUAAAACUUGGAAUUAUUUUCAGACUUUAGUAUUUGUGAUAGAAAUGUAUAGGAUUGCACACAUUCUUGUUUGACAUAUUGGAACUAUACCUUUAUCAUGUCUUGUAAAGUACAUAUAUAUUGUACAAGAUAUGUUCAAGACUCUGGCAGCCAUGUGUUCACAGGAAUGAAUGAUCCUAAUUUUAUUUUGAUUGUUUUAUGCAGCUUUUUAUAUACCAUCUUAAGACUUUUUGAUACAUCACAAAAAACUCAUAUAACAACUUAUAUUUUUGGAAAAUAAGCCUCAUAUAUUGGAUUCAAAUUUUUCAUAUGUUAUUGAUUUUGGAUCUGUUUGGGGAUAAACUUAAAAAAAAUGUGAAAUUUAAUGUUACUGGGAGAUAAUUUGAUUACAUGAAGGUCAGGGUCAUAAAGGUUAAAGUUAUAUAACAUGGUAACAUUACUGUCAUUAAACAUGUUACACUUGUAAUUACUAAAUAUUCUUUGCAACACUGUCAUUUAUUCAACCUAACUCCACAAAAUACAUAAAAUGAACUGUUCCUGCUUUGUAUUAAGAGCAGUACAUUGUUAUUUUAGAGGUGUUUCAUUAUCAAAAAAAUAAAUAAUCCAACAGUAUCGAGUUCUGUCAGACAAAACAAAGGCAGACCUGAUUCUAUUGGUGGCAUUUCAAAGCAAAUAUGACUAUUGUGCAUAGCAUUUGAAAGAGUUAAACAUUAUUGAACUAGAUAUAGGCUGUCUGAAAACAACAUAAUAAAUGUAUGAUAGGGCUAAAAAUCUUACCAAAGCAACAUAGUUAAACAUACAUGUAUAUGAAAAUUUGAGGUUUGGUGAAAAUUAAUGAAACAUGCACUAAAACAUUGGUAAACCCUUUGAAUACAGGUAUGCAUGUUUUUAAAAUAAUUAAGGCACUCUUUGUUACAAUUGUAAAAAAUGUAUAAAAUGUUAAAUACAUAAAAAACUGAUUUCAUAGGUUAGCUUUUUUUAUAAAGAAAAGAAGUAAUGACAGUGUUGCACUGAUGUUGCCAAUAUGCCUGUUUGUUGUUUUAAUACUCUAAAUCUUUUUCUUUCGUUAGAGCUUUAAACAGAAACUGUGCAUAUUGUACAUUUAUGUAAAAGGAUUUUAUGGUAUUGAUUGUAUUAUUAUUACCCAUAACCAAUGGUGCUGUUAAUAUAAUCUUGUGUCAUAUGGUAGAUCUAUUUUUCAUACAGUAGCUUUAAUCAUGGUCAUGAUUCAUCACUAGUUUAAUAGACUGGUCCUCCUUUGAGUUGUUAGUUGGAGGAUUGCAAUAUUAAAAUGAUAGAAUUUAACCUUUAGCCUCCUGGCAGCAACUAAAUUUACCCAUGCAACCAGUGCAGACCAUGAUCAGUGGGCACAUUUGAGCACUCUGCAUUCUGCACUGUUUGUAUUUCAGUAACUAUUUUGAAAUUAUCCCUAAAGAUUAAUGAACAGUUCUGUUCAGAUUAAAAGAUGGACAAGUUCAUUUGAGAUAUUUAGCCUGGUAAGUGUUAAUAGUCAACAGAAUAGGUUACGGUUAGACUGUAUGGUCAUACAGGCAGGCCUGGUUCUAUACUGGUUGCUGCAAGCUUGCUAGGGGUUACUUAGUACAAGUAGAUUCUGAUCUCUCGCUCAUGGAUAUAAGUUUCAUCUAUUUAUUAUUGUGUACAGUUUGUGUGUAAACCAAAGUUGAGGUUCAUUUUACAAAUAUUAGAGUGUAACAUAAUCUUUUAAAGAAGAACUACCAAAAUUAUCAAUAAAGACAACCUUUUUUGUUUCACUAGUCUGUGCUUUGACUUUUUCUCUUUUGUCAGUUUUAUGGAAUUUUUAAUCAGAAAGAAGUCUAUGGUUUUAUGGAUUCUUUAGUCAGAAGCCUAUAUUCUGUAGGGAGAAGUGUGGAGGGUAAAAAUUGAGUAUGUAUAAUGUUGAUGCAAAUAUUGUUGUAUUACAUUCUAGUGAAACACUGACUUUACAUACAUUUACCUGAGGGUCAAACUUUCCUACUUUAGCUUUUUCUUUGGUGAAUUCAUAUUAAAUAACACUAUUUUAGUCACAGUUUAAGUAGUAAAAUGCAAAUUAAGUUUUUAAAAAAUAUUUUCUUCUGCAGUAUAACAUUUUAUUAUAAUUGUCAAAUUUAUGAAUUCUGAUUUAGAAUAUUUGUCAACGCAUUUAUUAAGUCCUAACACAAAUUCAUGAUGCCAACAUGUUUUAAUGGUGGGUGUUUUUAGAUUUGUAUAUAUGCAAUUUGUGAACAUAGAAAGAUUUUUUACUCAUCUAUAUGAUUGCACAAAGAAGUAUGGAUUUUACUUGAGGUUUAUAUAGAGGUUAUUUCUCAGGUAAAGAUGUGAUCCAGUAAUUUGUAUUUUUGGGUAUAUGAUUGUCUCAAGACAUUUUAUUCACUCGUGUUAUCUUAUGUUAAUUUUAAGUUUGUUUAUUUUUAUUUUGUUGUUUUAUACAGUUUUAAAUGCUUAUAUUAAGUUAUUGUUCUGUGUCACUGCUAGUCGUGUACAAAAAAGUGUUUUUGAUUCUUAAACAGCUUUAUUCCUGUUAUCAUUUUUUGCAUACUAUUUUCAGGUAUGUAUUGCUCAUAAUGAUUUUAUGCCUGCAAACAAACCCCUGCCAUCCCCUUACUUAUACCCACAUACACACAUAGGUAAAAGAUUAAGGUUUAUUCAUUUGUUCUGUCUGUCCAUCAAUCAUUUUGUAUCUGAACAGACAAUUUAAGAGCAUUUAUACUUGAAUACAACAUUAUAAUCUUUGAAUGAGAGCUUCAUGUAGACAUGACCUUUUUUCCCCUAAUGACAUUGACCUUGGAAUUUUCAAAUUAAAUAAAUUUCGUCAUUUAAUUGUCAUUUAUUAUUAUGAUAUGGGACCGAAGUCAGUUUUGUGUUACGAAUACAUUGAAUUUUACCUUCUUUUUAACAUGGAACAUUUUAGAGCCAUCUUUAAGGUUUCAUUUUCAUGCAAUAUAUUCUUUGUCACUUUUUUUAUUUGUUUGUUGCAUAAGUAUAGUAAGCUCAUGUGAACAUUUCAGCAUAGGUAUGUCAUUUUUUAGGCUCUGAAAUAUCUUGUUUUUAAUUGAAUUUAGUUGGAAUUGAUGUCUGACCAGUAAAAAUCAUAUCAAUAAAAUAGAGAUCAAUUAUUUAGCUUUCUGUAAGUUAAAAAUUCUACUGCUGUAGCUAUUCCAGUCAUAUAUGCUUGGCAAAUAAAUAGUUUGAUUUUGUUAUACUUUUUUGGCUAAGAUUUACAGUAUGUAUGGUGUUAUAUGUUGUCAAUUUGUGUUGUUUUUUAUAUAAAAUCAUAUGAAUCUUAUAUGUUCUACACAGUGAUUUUAUGUUUCACUACAACAGGAGACAAAAAUGUUCAAGCCCUUUAAGACGCAGACAUGUGUAUAUGAAAGUUUAUUUAAUUUGUCAUUUGGAUUUUAGUUAAAAAUGCUACAUGGGUUAUAAAUGUUAUUUUACUGAGUGAAUGGUAUACAAAAUUAUCAAAUUUUGUUCCCAUACCAAAGAAUGGUAUCAUUAGUAAAAAUUUAUGUUCAGAAUUUAUAACCAGUAUGUGUUUGUUUUAUUCAUAUAUUCAUACAUGAUUUUUGCUCAUAGAGUUACAAUAUGUUCAUAAAAUUUACCAGUUUUCAUUUAAUUAGAUUUUUAAAAUUUAUUUCAUCUUAUAUCACUUUGUAAGAGGAAAUGCAAUAUAUGUAUGGAAAUGUUAUCUAAUGCAGUUUAUUUUGUUUAUGUAUGCACUGGCUCAAACAUGUUGUCUCUAUGCUGUCAUAGAUGUCCUGUUUUUAUCAUAUAUAUAAUUAUAGGCUAAAUCGUGACUAAUUCAUUUGCCCCUACCACAUAAAUAUGGAUGGGGUUUGUACUAGAAUCACUUAGUUGUGUUGGUUGGUCUGUCAGUCUCUGAAUCGCCACCUUGUCCACUAUAAAUCCUAUUCCUUUUUGAAGGAUUUUUUCCAGCUUUGGCUCGAGUGUCCACCUCAAUUGGGCAAUGUACAGAUCCAUGCCACAUAUGUGCCAGGUCAAGGUCACACUUGAAGGUUAAUGGUCAGAAAUGUUCAUAAUAUAAAUGUUCAAACUGGGUUCAGUUGUUGACCUCAACAAUAUGUAGAACCCAUGUCACCACUGUGCCUGCUCAAGAUGAAGGUCAUGUGAAGGUCAGAGAUCAGACAGUUUCAUGUCCACUCUGUAGAUACCUUACCCCUUAUAGAACUUUCUUCAAUAUUGCCCUAAAUUCUGACAUCAACAAGGUCAUAUGCAAACCCAUGCUGUAGUAGUACAAGGUCAUAUUUGAAUGUCAAAUGUUAUAAAAUAUCUUGUCCGCCUACACCUUGAAGGAUUUUCUUCAAAUCUGGCUCAUAUGAUAUCAGUUAAUUGUUAUACAGAAGCAAUGUCACUACUGUUUUGGGUCAUGUUCACAUUUGAAAUUUUGUGUAUGCAGUAUAAAUUUUAUAUCCCUUGAAGGAAAUUUCCUCCCUCAGAUUUAGGUCAAAUGUUCACCUACAAAAAUCAUAUGAAUGAACCUUCAUAUUAAUUUGUGUUAUAGAGAUAUGGGGGUAGGCCUAUUCAUCACUUCUGUGGCAGAUCUAGCUUCUACUUCUUUAGAUACUAAAGCUUAACACAGUUGUUGACAUCUGCAAAUUCAGCCAUAUUUGUAUUUAUUAAGUAAUUAAAGAUAUGUCACCCAUAUGUUGAAUCUUGAAAAUUACAAAAUUAAAUGUGAAUUAAAUCGCAUGUUCUGAGUUCAAAUUUUGUGUAUUUGUUGUUUUUCUUUUGCUCCGGAGAUGAUCAUGUUAAAACCAGUGCUGAUUUUUAAGUUGCAUUUUCCAUUGCUGUGCCAAUUAGUCUAGAAACUGGUGUUUCACACAGAUAGUGUAGUUUCCAGGCAAAAAAUGCUUGUAGAUUUAUAUAUAAAAUAUAUUUAUAUUAUGUCAGCAAUAAAUAAUCAAAAUAG